CUACGUAAAACUUCGGUGACUAUGGAUAUGUCAGUCUCGCCUCAGCUGGACAGCAGUUUGAACAACUCGGUGACAGAUGGAGAGGGGAACUACAGUGAAGACAGUCGGUCUCCCCAGGUCUCGGUGGCAGGAGAGUCUCCUGGUGUGACUGUGGUCCAGCUGUGUGAUGGUCAGACGGUGCAGGUCCAGGGGGUGAUCCAGGCCCCUCAGACCUCUGUCAUACAGUCACCACAAGUCCAGACUGUCCAGAUUGCCGCUGUAGCAGAGCAGGAGGAUGACGAGUCAGUCACAGACACCCAGCAGAGACGGGUGCUUCUCUCCAGGCGUCCAUCUUAUCGAAAAAUACUUAAUGAGCUUUCAUCGGAUUCGCCGGCAGUUCCUAAAAUCGAUGAAGAGAAGACGGAGGAGGAGGUGGCGGUGGUCUCCAGCGCUGCCUCAGCAUCAGCACCAACCUCCAUCUACCAGACCAGCUCCGGACAAUAUAUUGCGAUCACCCAGGGGAGAGCCAUCCAGUUGAGCAGCCCUGGAGUGGAAGGCCUCCAGGGGGCCCAGACUCUGACCCAGCCUGGAGCCACAGUCCUGCAGUGUGCCGCUCCGCCCGGAGAUUCCCCACAGCAGUUCUACAUCCAGGGAGGACAGGUCCUGGUCCAAGCUGCCACAGGAGACAUCCCAGCCUACCAGCUGCGUUCGCCCAACUCGGGCCUGGCUCACAGCAUUGUGAUGGCUGCGUCCCCGGGCACCAUGCAGAACCCUCAGCCCCAGCACACCGAAGACAUCACCCGCAAGAGGGAGGUCCGACUGAUGAAAAACAGGGAGGCAGCCCGCGAGUGUCGCAGGAAAAAGAAAGAGUACGUCAAAUGUCUGGAGAACCGCGUGGCUGUGCUGGAAAACCAAAACAAGACCCUGAUUGAAGAGCUGAAAGCACUGAAGGACAUUUACUGCCACAAAGCCUAGCAGCGGCGGCCGUUUGUGGUCACGAGCCGAAGACAACCGUUUACAAACUGCUACAGCAAAUCCAAGAAAAAAAACUAAAAAGACUCUGCUUUGACCGUCUUUGUGUCUGCUCACUCAGGCCUGGUUUACGCUGAGUUCAGAAGUGUCCGGGGGAAUUGGAACAGCUUGAGCUUGCCAGUUUCGCUCUUGUUCUCACCUUCCGUUCUGCGUGCACAAUGUGCUUGCUGUUGCUUUUGUGCGCGGGGCGAAGCCAGCCAAUGACAGCCAGCUGAAGAAGAGGAACAGGAAGAAAGGAAAAACAGGUGCUUCCUGAAAAUGUACCGCUCGAGCCAGAUUACAGAUUCUGAAAAAAAAAAAAAAAUGAAAAGGCCUCGUUUGGUCAGCCAGGUCUCCCUCCCAGCCAGUCUGUCUGAGGUCAGACACUGAUCCAACACCAGCUGCAACCAGGCAACUCAACCUAAUGUACUCGGUAAUGUCAUCAGCGUCGUUUAAGCUUCUGUUUUUGGGUCGUUUUCAUGCAUUCCUUCAUGUGAAAAAUGCGGAAUAUCUUCAGGCAUUUCUGUCAUUGUAGGGAUUACCUGGAUUUCAUCAACUUGUUUUCAGUUUGUAAGGAAGUUCUUGAUUUGGUCAAAAAGGAUUUUUUUUUCAAAAAGAAAAAUUCAAGCUUGAAUUCAAGAUGAAAAUCCUCUUAUGUUUGGCAGUUUGUGCACAGAACUGCGACAUAUAUGUCAAGCCAAUGCUAUCUGAGUCAGAACUUGGUUAGCAAGUUAUUUUUCAUCACUAAAGUGAGAUGAUUGUUGUAUUUGAAAUGACAGAGCACAAUUGCUCUUUAGUCAAUGCACAGAAAGUACCAUGUGGAUAUUAUGAGGAUGUAUAUUCUAUUACAUGUAUUUGAGGAAUUUCACUCCACAGGUUUAUAUUAUCUUCUACAAAGCAAAUGUUUAACCUUUUAACGUGUUGUGAAACAUGUUUAAAAACAAAUUUAAAUGAAAUUGUCUAUUCUAUAACGAAAACCCAACUUUUGUAAACCAACAAUCUUAAAAUGACUCAUAACUGAAAGAAUAAGUGCUGCGCUUCAACGUCACGCAAGUCUUGUUGUUGGAAUGAUGGAGAUCAUUGUGGUAGAAAACUGUAUUUACAUGAUUAUGGCUAGAUAUUAAAAUGCUCUGUUUCAAGGGUGAUGCCAAUUUUUUGACUUUUUAUUUGAAUGAUAAUAAAUCAUCUUGUGUUAAUGUUUCUGGUGAUUGUGAUCUCCUGUCUCUAGUUGUUUUAUUGAAAGGAUAGAAAGAGCACCGACAGAUCUCUUAUGACCUAUAUUUAAGUAUCAGUUACGGUAUUGGAACUAGUGUUCAGCUCCGAGACAACCGAAUGGCUGGCAGUCAGCCAACCAGAUGAGCCGUCAUGGCUUGUAUUCACAGAGGACUAGCCGUCCUGUUGGAGUCUAUCAUAAAAAAAAACAGGUAAUAAUACAAGUCAGCAUUUCUUUGAUAUCAACUGAGUUGAAUUUCUCUGCAUGUAUUUUUUAUUUAUUUUUGCUGUAUCAAUCUAUAUUUUCCCAGGUGGUCUCCUCCUAGUGUACUUUCUUGUGUGAAUUGUAAAACCCAAACUAUUUUUGUUUCUCUAAUAAAACAUUCAAACGUGA